UUAAUGAUGUUAUCACAAGAUGAUGGAAAUGUUACUAAUCCUACAAGUGGUAUGGCUGGUUUAACAACAGUUUCAUCAUCAUCAUCAACAAAUAAAUUUCUUGUUUUUGAUACAUAUGAAACUUAUCGUGCACAUCGUCAUCAAUUGAUGUUACAACAAAUGACUGGACAAGAAAUGGUAUCAAUUAUAAAAGAAGAAGAAGAAGAAUUUAUUAUUAAUGAAAGUGAAACAAAUUCAACAUGUUGUAUUAUGAUGGUUGAUAUGGCUUUGAAACAAAUGGAACUUCAACAAUCACCACAACAUCAAGGAAUGUAUAAUCCAUUAUCAAAAGAAAUUUUAUCUUUAAUGAAUAAACAAUUAAUAUUACCAUGGACACGUCGUCAUCGUUGUCGAACAUCAGCAAGUCAAUGUUCAUUUUGUGAAGAAUAUAUUUUAUGGUUUUCAAUAGCACAAGAUAUUUUGAAAUAUAUUUCACCACGUGAUGAAAUUAAAUUACCUGAACUUGAAUUACCAAAUAUAAAUGAACUUAAACAACAACAAUUAAAACAACAACAACAAUUAUUACAACAACAGCAACAACAAACAUUACUUCAAUCAGCUAGAUCAUCUAGUAAACCAAAAUUUACUAUUGAAAUGUCAUCGGGUGGUGAUAAUCAAAGUACAUCAUCAUCUUUAUCAUUGAAUAAUGAAGAAGAAGUUCCAGCAAAUAUGAAUACAAUAGCUCCAGUACCAGCAGCUGCAGUAGCAGCAGCGUCAACAACACCUGAACUGAAAGUUGAAAAUAAUCCGGAUGCUGGAAUAUGGAUAACAUCACAGGGUGUUUUCUAUUUUAAACUUAAUACACUUCAUAUUCAUUUACAAUUCUUUUAUUCUGUACUUAAAGAAUUAGAUCGAAUUAUUGAUAUAGAUGCACUUUAUUAUUUAUUAUGUUGUUUAAAACUAUUAAUAUUAAAUGAUGAAUGUUUAGAAACAGCAGCUAAAGAUAAUCGAGGUUUUCUUUCUUAUUGUCUCGAAAAAUUACUUGUUCCACAUAUUUGGAAAAUUUUUGCAUUAGGACAUGGUCAUUUAAAUGAAUGUUGUGUACCUUUACUUCUUCAUGCACUUAAUUAUGAACCUGGUAAAACAGCUUUAUGGAAUAUACUUGAACGAGAUUUUUCAAGUGCACAUUGGAAAGUUCGUUCAUCAGCUGGUACACGUGUUAUCGCACUUUAUUCUUUACUUAAACCAAAAUUAAUAAAAAAUAAUUAUAAUGUUCUUUCUGUACUUGCAUAUGCAUUUCUUAAUUUAAUAACAUCAAUUGAAGAUGUUGAACCAACCGUUAGUCAAAAAGCUAUGUGUUCGUUAGAAACAUUAGGUGAUGCAUCAUUUAAAACAGUUAUGUGUGCACUUGAAUUUCAAUUUGAUACUGUUAUAAAUGAUCGUUCAAUAAUUUUACAUCGUUUAUCAAAACUUUAUACAAUUUUAUUACGUAAUAAUUCAACAAUAAAAAUUUUAAGUUGGGAAUUUUUUCUUAAUCGUUUUGAUACAUUAUCAAUUGAAUCACAAAUAAGUAUGGAAGAAUCUGGCGAAUUAAUAAGUCCACAAAGUAUUGGUGGGUUUAAUACGGAAAGCGAACAUUUUAUACGAAAAUUAAAUCAAAUACGUUUUGCAAUGGCAAAAACAGAUUCAAUUAAACCUAUAUCAUCAUCAAUACGUGUUCCAUCACAUCAACGACGUACAACAACAACAGUUCCACGUCAAACAAAUGUCACGAGCGAUAAAGUUGAGACAGAUUCUAUUGGAAGUUUUCUUUCACCUGAGACAGAAAAUAGUGAUAGAUCAACAUUACAAUUAUUAGUUAAUUUACUUAUGAAAUUUAUGAUGAAAGAUGAUCAAAAUCAAGUUAAUGAUGAUCGAAUUAUGCUCAAACAACAAAAUGUUGUUAUUCGACAUCUUUGUUCUUUACUUGGUUAUAAUCAAACAAAUCGAACAUUUAUUAAUUUACCAAGCAAAAUUCGUCGAAGUUCAGUUUUUCAUGCAUUUGUAUCCAAUUUACCCAAAGUUCUCGAUUAUAAUUUCAGUCUUGGAACUGUUCUUUUACCAUUUUUUCUAUCAUUUCUACAAUUUUCGACAUGUUCAAAUGCAUCAAUACAAUUCUAUGAGCAUAUUGCAGCAUCAAAUACUUUAGGACGUAUUGAUCCUAGUUUACGUAAUUCAUGGUUAAUGAUUCUUAUUAUUAUUUUAUAUAAAUAUCAAUAUACAACAUUUGCUGUAACAAUUCAACAUUUAACUCGUAUUGCAAUGAAUACAAUUCUUAGUCAUUAUCAUCAAUGUGAAACACCACCAUUUGGUGUUACUGGUGGAGGAGGUCUUAGUGGAAGAAUUACACCGAAAGUAGCUGGAUCAAGACGAGGAUCAUCACGACCAUUUGAUGAUAUACGUGAAAUAGAAUUAAAUGAAUUAGGAGCAGCUCGAUAUGAUUUAGAUGGUGAUACACAAUCAGAAUCAACAAGUAUUGCUGAACAUAAACGUUUUAGAUUAUUAUCACCACCGAAAAAAGUUAAACCAAAAUUAUAUAAACCUGAAAUUGAAUGUUUUGAUGAACCAUUAACAAUUCGACAAACAGAAGAAAAUAUUGGUUCAUCUGGUCGAUCAUAUACAGGAUUUCUAAAAAGUCUUUUUACUAGUAGUGGACCAUCAGGUACAACUAGUGCUGCUAUUAAUACAUCACCUGGUGUAGCACCAUCAUUAUCAUCAACAGUUCCAACUGACAAAUUAACAGAUAUUGAUAUCAAAGGUGGCAAAGGAGUAAAAGAAUUAUCACGUGUUGUUUAUUCAGCUGAACGUGGUAAACUUGAAACUGUUUUACUUAAACCUGGCAGUAAUACUGGAAUGAAAGAAGAAAGUCCACCAAAAGUUGCUAAAGCAACAUCAGUAUCAUCAUCAACAUUGGCUAGUAUGGGUGGAACAGCGGCUGGUGGAAGAUUAAAACCAAGUUAUCAUGGAAAAAAAUCUAAACAUAAAGAUGAUACACAUGUUCGUUCGCCAACAUUAACUCGUCCAACACGUACAUCAUCAUCACAAGCUCAUGUUAAAUCUGCAGGUAUAAUAUCAUCAAGUGCUAAACGUGCAACAACAACAACUACAACAGCAAAUGAUGAAUUAGAUAAUCCAUACGCUGAUACAGAUUUACAUAAUCAAUUUAUAAACGUACCUAAAUGUGAUAAAUGUGGACAACCAAUUGAAUAUUAUAGUGAAGAAUGUAUUGGUCAUUGUAUAAUUGUAUGUGAAACACUUGUUCAUCGUGAACCAGCUAUAGCAGCACCAUUACUUAUGGAUAUGAUUGAAACAAUUGGACGUGUUGCUGCAUCUCAUAUCUAUACAUGGCAAGAAAAUUCAACUGUUGUUGCACCAGCAAAUUCACGAAGUAUUGCACAACAAUUUAUUCGUUGUACAUUUCAACAAUUAGCUGCAAAUAAUAUUUCUUAUCAAUUUUUUCAACAACAUUUUCGAGAUGAUAAAUUAUUACAUACAAUUGCUUUAUCAUUGAAUGAUUUUCCAGAAUUUAAUUCAAUUAUUGCACUUCGAUGGCUUCUUAAUGAUAUGAAUAAACAAAAAAAUCUUUCGCUUGAUAUUUGUACAAUAUUACUUAGUAAUAUCGCCCAAUUUAUGGAAUAUAUUCCAAUUGAUUCACCAAUUAAUUUAUGGACACAAGUAUUUUAUGAAUUUGAUGUUUUAUUCGAUAAAUUAACACGAAUUUAUACAACAAUUAAAUCAAAUACACCAGUUAAUUAUGAUUUAACACCUGUACUUCGUAUUAUGAUGAAUAUACUUAAAGUUCCAUAUAUAGCAAAUGUACGAGCUGUUCUUGAUCCAUUUUCAAAAUUAUUAACAUUUAUUUUACAAAAUGGUACAUUUCAAUUAGAACAUAUCAUUGAAUUAUGUUCAUUAAGUAAUCGAACAUUUACACGAGAUCGAGAAAAAUUUUUAUUACCAAGAUCUAUUGUUAAUGUUCUUGUUGAAGCUAUGCUUCAUCGAUAUCCAUGUCCUGAUCGAAAUUUACUUUUAAUGAUACAAUUAAUUUUACUUGAUGCUGGUGGUACGAUUUAUGCAUCAGCAAUUGUCAGCGAUGACGUUCGUGCAUAUGAUCCUCAUAAUGUUGUAACAACAAAUGGAGCUGAAUGUAUGAAACAUUAUCUUAAUGAAACCGUCGCAUUUAUUGCUGAUAUUCAUACAAUAACAAAAAUAAAAAGUACAAUGAAAGAAAAAAGUGAAAAACAACAAUUAUCAAAUUUAACAGAAGAUACAUUAGGUGGACAAUUAAAAGCUGGUCUUGCACAAUAUCUUGCUUUAGAAUUUACAAAAGGUGGACAACGAGAUUCAAAAGCUAUUGUUCGUUUUCUUCCUUGGCUUUAUAAUCCACCAACAUCUGUUCAACAAGGAGCAAAAGAUUUUGUUGAUUGUAUUGAUCGUAUACGAUUUCUUUCAUGGUUAAUGAUUGGUUCAUUAACACAUGCAGCAAUAACAAGAAAUGAAGGAACAAUAAUAUGUCAUCCAAUACCUGUCGAUGCAAGUCAAUCAAUUGCUGAUUAUAUUUUAUAUAUUUUAACUGGUUUUGCUGAUCAAUCGAAAACAUCCGUUAUUCAUAUGUCAUCACUUUUUCAUUCAUUUAUUCUUUGUCAAUUAUGGACAAUGUAUUGUGAACAAGUUAAUCGAGGACAUGAUCCAGAAGCACUUGUUGCAAUUAUGGAUUUUUGGGCUCGGAUUACACCGGGUAUACUUCAUCUAUUAUCACAUUCAAAAGUGCUUGCAGAAAUGGUUAAUUUACAUUUUUUAAGUUUAAUCGAAGCCUUACAAGAAAUUAAUUCCAUUGUAUUAGCAAAUUUAUUCGCAAUGUGGGUACCUGUUUUAUAUACACAUCAAAGUCAAUUACCAGCUCAUGUACAAGUACGUCUUCAAACAUGUUUAAAUCAUCAACCAUCAUCAGAAACACAAGGCGAUCUACGAUUUAUGUAUGCUAUUUUACUUAAAUGGCUUAAUCGUUUACAAUUUAAAAUCGGACAAAUUGAAACUCAAUCUAGUCAUGCUGCACAAUUUUAUAGUUUAUAA